GGGAGGCUUUUCGAUUGGUGCGUUACGUGCUGUUUUACGAGCUAUCGCUCGCACGAAAGAGGCUACAGUCACCUUUAUUAUUCCACUUAUCUCAACCUAUAUUAUCUACACUACAACCUAUUAUUAGUAUUAUUCUGCUUUUAUGACUACACCGAAUGACCAACGGGAGUUUGGUCAAACUCCAUUCACGGCAGCAAUACAGUCCUAACAUACUGCAUACUACAAACCACAUCUUGACCAAUCCCCGCACCACUCCUCUUGGAGUCUACCAGAGCUAAAGCAGUCGAGUGGCGGGACUUACUACGCAGAAGCUCACCGAAGAUCUGGAACCUCUACCUCACAAUCAAGAAGCGAGCUCAAAGAAAUCACUGGUUUAUACUAGCUCGUAAUCAGGAUAUUGGAUAUUGGAUCGGUGACUAAACGAAUGCAGCUCAAAACGAUACAACCCAGUGAAGACCUCCAUCGACCAGUCAGAUGCGUAAUGAGUAGAAUUGCAUAAUUUGAACUAAGCGUCUACAUACAAGUAAAGCGCUAUUAAAAAUUCUCACAUGAGAUAAUAUCCUUGUAUAUGUGCCAAGGAAAACGCCCAAUUUAUCACACGAGUCCUCGUAAUCAGGUUAGAACAAUAUCUGUAAAUUUGUCAAGCUCAUCAAUCCAUUCAUCAAUUAAAGUUACCUUUGAUUAAUGAAGACGAAACCACUAGUUUCGUCUUGGGCUGCUAUGGUUUAAAGUUGCAUUUGAUUUUAUAUCCAUGAAGUUGACCAUUUAAAUUCAGCACACUUUUUUCCAUCUCAGACAAGUAACUUCGAGGAUUAUGCUGCCAUGUUGUUAGAGUUAGGUGCAUGUGCACCUGGGAAAUGUGACCAAAAGGUAGGAUAAAUGUAUAAUUUGAUUGGCUAAGACAUGGGCAAAACGAAGUUAAAAUGCUACAUAAUUUAUCCACUUUACACAUAUCACAACUGAAAACAGCCCACCACUUCCCACUUUGCCCAGUUUCGAACGCAAAACUGCAGCGUUUUCACCCACAUAACCUAGGUCCAAAGAUAAUUCACCUACUGAGAUAGGAAAGGUCUGAAAUCUUCGAACUGGAAUCCACAAGUUUAACUGUCUGUCCUACUCAAGCAGUAACUUUGGCAAGCGAACUGUUUCUGUUAGCAAAUGGAAAUCUCAUAAGAUUUAGAUUGUAUGGUUGAGUUAAUGACUUCAAACAGUCAAAAAAUUGCAUUGGGUUUUGUGAACCUCCAUUUACCAUGGAAACUCAUCCCCAGUCAUUUAGAAGAACCAAAAUUGUCAUAAAUGCGGAUGAUGGAUUUUAUUCAGAUAUUAGAGACCAGGAUGUCUCUGUAUUAAUGAACGGUGCGGUUGCAAGACAUCUACUCUCGGUUUUGGAUUAUCAACGCAAACAAUUAUCUGCACUGUUUUCGUAUCUUAUGAAGAAUAAUCUCAUUCCAGGUUUACAUUUUAAUUUAACUGAAGGAAAACCCUUAAAAUACAAAAGAUCUGUACAAAGCCUGCUUGACCAUCGUGAUUGCUUUCUGGGCAAGUAUGGAUUUAGAGAACAUUUAUUGUCUUCUGCAGUGGAUAUGAAUGAGGUUGAAUUAGAACUGGAAUCACAGUUGCAAGCAUUUAAACAACUUUUUGGUACAGUUCCCAGUCAUUUGGAUGGUCAUCAGCAUAUUCAUGUUUUACCAGGAAUUGAUGCAGUUGUGGCUAGAGUGCUUUCUCGAAAUGGUGUUAAAUGGAUACGUGUCCCUGUUGAAAGAAUUCCUGAAGUUUCUCCGCAUUUAACCGAAACUGAGGCGGAAUUCUAUAAAAAUGUUUCUGAUCAAGCGACAAAGGCAAGAGAAAUAUUUUCAUCUUAUGGUUUAAAAUAUACUCAAGGUUUCAUUAAAAUGGCUAUAAUGGGAAAAAGGCAAUCAAUCGAUUCACUGGAUCGUUGUUUAUCACCAUUAAAAAAUUGUGAAAGUAUAGAAUUUAUGGUUCAUCCAGGAUUUAAAGUUAGCUGUACUGACAAUGAUGUAGGUCAUAAUACUUCAGGUUGUGGAAAUCCUGAAGGUCCUGAUUUAUUUUCUCAAUCAGACGAUCGUGAGCAUGAAAUGAAUUUUCUUUUAGGCGAUGAGUUUCAAAAGUAUAUGCUACAGCAUAAUUAUGAUUUGAUAACAUUUUCUAAUCUGUCAUAAGUGUCAUGUACUCAACAAAUCAUCAUUUCAGUAAACAUACUUAGCAGUAUUGUCUCAUAUUCUGUUAUAAUAACCUGUGUUUUACCCAUUGGAUUAACACAGAUAUGCACGAUUAAAUUUUUAGCAAAAAAGAGUUGUAAUUAAUUUGUACCUUCUUUACAUAUUCCGUCUCAUUUUUAAGAUGGCUGGUUCAAAUUUUGCUAUAAUUCAGAUUUCCUUUUCACCUUUAUUCAUGUAUCAUGCAUUGCAAUAAUAAAAGGCUGUUUGAAGUGUGUGA